GAGCUUUCAUCCUCAUCAGCAUUAUGUGAACGAGAGAAUGCAUGCGCAAUAAACCCGGAGUAGACGUGGGAGGCGGGGGGAAUUGGGCCAGGCUAUGCUGUCAGCGAAAGGAUCCAUUGCGCCUUAAUAGUAGCUGUGUUAUCCAUCCUAUGUAGAGAUAACAUGCUAUUUCUUUUUAAGGCGUAGCCUACCCCGCGGUCUUGCAAGUUUGGUUGUAAAAGUAGCUUAGUGUAUUUAUUUUCUAUAUUUAACGCACUGGAACAGAUUUUACAUCGACAGGGUUGAAGAAUGCUACCCUCUUCAUCAUCAGGGCUGGUGCAAGGAUGUGGGGAGGAAGCGAGGGAUACUCAGAACGUGCAGUGCAAGAGAUUGACUGAGGAGAGAGACGAAGCUGAAAGACAACUGAAACACAUCAAAAGAGUUUCCCAGAUGGUGAUCGAGGAGGUGAGCGUACUGCAGACGCAGCUGGAAAUAGAAAAGUCUUGCAGAGAAAAUGCAGAGGCUCUGGCCACAAAGUUGAACAGUGAGAACAGGAAGCUGAAGUACCUGAGUCUGUCGUCCCGACCGUGUCUGGAUGACCUUCUGCCAAGCAUCACGGACUGCAUCCCUCUGGAGGAGGAGCCGGACGCCCAGGACACCAGCCCUGACCCCUACAGCCAAUACCAACAGCAGGUCAAAGAGCUGCAGGAGACAGUGAGUGGUCUGCUGGAGGAGAAGAAACAGUUCGCCUGUCAGUUCCAGGAGCAGCGGAGACAGAUUGAGGAGCUAACUGUCCUGGCGGAGAAGGAGCAGGCUGAAAUCAAGGAGCUUCACAAAACCAUCGAUCAGCAGAACAAGACCAUAAAGCGUUUCAACCGAGUGUCUGUGAUGGCCACCACUGAGUUUGAGGGGAUGAAGGAGCAGCUGGAGUUGCAGCAGGACCUGAGGGAGAAGGCAGAGACCUAUGCACAUGAGAUGUUGGUGAAGCAGAAGGAGGCCAACAGACAGAGCAUGAUCCUCCUGCAGAACGCAGAGCCCAGCCUUCAGCUCCUCAAGGCUCUGGAGGAUCUGGCUGAUGUUACCAAGACACUGGAGCAGGAGAGGCUGCAGCAUCAGCAGAAGGAGAAGGCUCUGGAGGCCCAGCUGCGGGAGUGUGCUCUGGGAAAACAGAUAGCAGAGCUGCAGAGCCAGCUGGAACUGUUGGAUGAGGAGAAGAGGGAGGCCGAGGCCAGACUGCAGGAAAUGGAGAAGAAGAACGGCAGCCUAGAGGUCAAGGUUCAAGAGUUACUGCAGGUCCAGAAGAGCGCCAAGCCCCCGCCAGGCCCUGAACCGGCGGUCGCUCCUCCCCCCGCCCCUGUACCGCAGCCUCCUCCGCCACCUCCCCCACCACCUCCGCCGCCUCCGCCCCCUCCCCCAUCACGAUGCAACCCCCUCAGUUCGCUGAUUGCAAUCAUGAGGAAAUCAUCCAAGGGUUCAAAGGGGGGACCCCCGAAGUUGGAACAAGCUCCUGAAGGAGGUGCAGAAGGAGGUGCAGAUGAUGUCAAAGUGAAGGCAGUGAAUGAGAUGAUGGAGAGGAUCAAACACGGGGUGGUUCUCAGGCCUGUCAAGGGAGGAGACACUAAGCGAGUGGCCGUAAAACAACCUGUAGUAACUGAAGAAAAACCUCCUCAGGAGAGUGCGAUGGAGGAACUUAAAGGCAUUCUGGAGACAGUGAAGAAGAGUCCCAGUCGGGGGUCUCAGGAGUCGGCACCGUCCCCCCCAGGGAAGAGCCCUGUCAGCAGUGAGCUGGAGGUGAUCCUCAGGAGGAGGCGCCAACAGGCCUGCGACCCUGGAGAAGGAGAUGAGAGAAGGGACGGCCAAAUGAGCAAAGUCUCCUCCUCCGACAGCCUGAACGGGAGACACAGUCAGGGCAGCCAUAGCUCGGACAGCUCAGGCAAGGAGCCAGAUGGGCCGACCGGGCUCGUUAGAGAUCCAGCCUCCCCAAGCGGAAGGGGCCCUGGCCCGGCCGUCGCAGCCAGGCGUAGAUCUGACUCUGGCCAGGACCCAAAAACAGAGUCCUGGCAGAACAGGAGGUCCCGUACUUCUUUGUCCGAGAAAGAGGCCUAUUUUGAGGCUCCGGUCACCAAUGGAUGCUUGAUCAGUGCAGAGGAGCCAGAGAGGCAGGACCCUGAGAAAUGUGCCCCACAGUCCAAUGGGAUCGGUCACGCCUUCCCAAGCCUGGGCCUGGAGUCGGACAUGCACACCACUCUCUCACCGAGGCUUUCCGCGGGGCCCAACCCACUCAACGGGAAUGAGAACGUGGACGCCGAGUGUUGAAGGUGGACCCUGGCUGGGAGGAAGGCAGGCUGAGGGACGCUGCACAAUUUGCACAGAAAUUGAUUUAUUUUCAUCUGUUACAGACACUUAAUAAUAAAAAGCUUUAGGUCAUUUUAUUUUAUACACAAACGAUCCCUCAGUAUGUGUGUCUUUGUGUAUUCGUCUUGAAGGAAUGCACUGUUUUAGCCUCCUUAUUUUUUUUCUAUUCUUUGUCACCUUAUGAUAGUGGGCAAGAAUUUGAAUUUAUUGGUAGUUUUAAUAGAACAAACUCCUGUUUUGCUAGUUCUGCUUACUUCCUAAUACUUCCUGAAUCUUAAGACACUAGCCUAGCGUAACCUUUAAUAAAGUCACAGCUUACUUCAUGCAGUAGAAGCAUUAAGCAUCAAUAAAGAUCAAUGGUUGUGAUCUAAGUCAUCUUAACCAAAUAGAAUACAGCUAUUCCACAUUUAAAAGGCACUUUAGCUAUUUCCAACUGGAACUCUGUGUUUCAGUUUGAGGAUUAUCCAUCUUGAAUGUGUAAUCAAUGCAACUACUGCAUAGGGAUGCAAAUGAAAGCCAUGCACGUUUCAAUCAAAAUAGCCUACCAUCCUUGAGAAAUGAGGUGCUUGUGUACUCAGUCUACCUCGUAUUAGACACACUUGCCUCUUGACUAUCCUAAAUUGUAUUUAAAGGGAAAAACAUCAUAUAUUGACAUCUUGCAAUGGCACAACAUUUGUACGUCUUCCACCUACGGCAUUCCCCAAGCUGUAGCUGAUGCUUUGUUCGUAUAUGCUGGGAUGCUCAUUGUUACCUUGCCUCUCUAACCUGAUUUUAUUCUGUGCAUUCCUGAAUUUUGCUUUCCAGGUAUUUAAUGGGCUAUAAUAACUGGAUUAAUGAGUAUGCAAACUUGAUACAGCAACUUCAUCUUAGAAAAAAUGUAUGACAUUUUCUUUCACAACCAUCAAAACCUUUUCAAAUGUUUAUUUAAAAAAUAGAAAACUGCAACUAGAACAUAUAGGGCGGGUUUUGAUGACCAAGUUUAGGCCUAGUCCCUUGGAGCUUGAUUUUUUUGUUCUUGGCUAGGCUUAAUCUGUGUCCACCAAAUGAGCCCAUACUCUAUUGUAAGUACAUUCUAUGAAGCCUUCUUUCACCAACACUUAAAGGAAAUCGUGUUUUCCAGAUGCAAUGAUUUACCAUGCCUAAAUCUUAACCCUAUCACAAAUUUCUUAACUUCAUUUUUAUGUAUCAGGCAAGCAGUUCAUCAGAAAGGAAAUAAUAUGCCUGUUCUUUUGUGAAUCUUGAUAUUGUGUGUGUUGGAUCUGAAAGUGGAGUGUGAUGUUAUUAUUAUUUUUUUUACAUUGACAUUGAUGUUCAUUCAGCAUCAAUUGGAUGCAAUAAAAUUAAACUUUCAAACGGC